UUAUAAUUGGGAGGAAAUGUUCAAAGACAACUAUGCUUGGUGGCGUGCUCGCCUUACACAGAUGGGAAAGUACUUUACAGCUUAUAGGAUAGACCACAUCUUAGGCUUCUUUAGAAUUUGGGAACUCCCAGACCAUUCUAUGACUGGUCUAAUUGGAAAGUUCCGUCCAUCUAUCCCUCUAAGCCAGGAAGAACUUGAAAGAGAGGGUAUAUGGUACUUUGAUCGAUUGGCACGCCCUUAUGUUCGAAAAGAGUUUUUAGAGGUAGAGAAAAAAUACCUUUGUGAUUCAAAUUAGUUUCUCAUGGAGAAUUUUGGACU